CUAAAAAGGCGAAAAACUCUUCCUGUAACGAGAACAAGCACUGACGACACCGAGCUUCUUAUUGGUAUCUCUUGGGCCUUGUUUCUCCGCUCUUCCCAAGUUCUCCUUUGCUCUAACUUUUUCGUCUUUCUCCUUUCUGCGCGCCGCGAAUGUCAAGUCUCACCUUCUUGCUGUCUUUUUCUCAUCCUUCUUCCUCUCUCUUCCGUAUCCUCUUCUGUCCUCUGUAACUUUUUUGUGAAGUAAACGUCGGUGUCCUUCCUUCUGUGUCUUUACGCGACGAGAAGAAGAGACUCCUCAGCACAGGUUGACGCUCGCCUCCCCUCUCUUCUCCCUUUUCUUCGUGAGAGGAGAGACAUUUCUUAGACUUUUCUUAGACAUUUCUGCCGGUCUUUUCACACUCUCUCUCGAAGUCUCCGCCUUUCUCAAACGGCAAAGUCUCGACUGGCGGGAGAGAAGAACGGGGGAAGAGAGUCUUAGGGCCUCCCCCCGUUUCCUUUCUACGAGACGAAGAUAUCCUUUUCGUCUCAUUCUUGUCUUCAUCCCCUCCUCUUCCUCCUCUUGUUCUCUUCUUUGUCUCUUCUCCUCUGCGCCAUGACUGCCUGCGCCUCUCCAGGACAUUCUUCUUCCUCUUCUUCCUCUUCGUCCUCUUCUUCUUCGUCUACUUCCUCCUCUUCCUCUUCGUCCUCUUCGUCCUCUUCUUCCUCUUCUUCCUCUUCUUCUUCGUCUACUUCCUCCUCUUCCCCGUCGUCCUCUUCUGCGCUUCGUCAGGUUUCUGGACAGAAGGCUCGUCGCUCUAAACUUUAUGGGAGUUGUCGUUCGAUCUCAGACUUUGAGAUUAAAGAAGUUAUUGGAGAAGGCACCUACGGACGAGUCUGGCGAGCAUACGACAAACGCCACAAUGUCGUCGUCGCUGUGAAACAAAUGCGCCUGGCGCAACAGCAAAGCAGUCACGAAGGAUUUCCGAGAACUGCUGUCCGAGAAAUCGGCUUGCUCAAGCAGCUGCAGCAUCCACACAUCGUCGAGUUGAUGGAGGUGGCGUGCGGACCUGACUUGACUCUCAAGCCAAAGGCAAAGAAAAACAACGACCAGCCGUACUCAGGAAGCAAUUCCGUCUACCUUGUGUUUGAGCACUGCGAAAGAGACUUGGGAGUCCUUCUGGAUACGCGAACGCAGCCGUUUUCAGCGAGUGAAAUUAAACUCAUUAUGCGACAACUUUUGCUGGCUCUUCACCAUUUGCAUUCGAACUUCGUCAUUCACCGAGAUGUGAAACUCUCGAAUAUUCUCAUCAGCUCGAACGGAUCGAUCAAGCUUGCAGACUUUGGCCUCACUCGGACUUUCACGGAGCCUGGGCAUGCGAUGACCGACGGGGUGGUGACCCUGUGGUAUCGCGCGCCAGAGCUGCUUUUCGGAGCGUCGACCUACAGCGAGAAAAUCGACAUGUGGGCUGUGGGAUGUAUCUUUGGAGAGCUUCUGCUGAACAAUCCGUUUCUGCCAGGCAAAACAGAGCAGGAACAGGUGAAUUUGAUGUGCGAACUGCUGGGGGUUCCUGAGCCGAAGUCAUGGCCGGAGAUGGAGGCUCUUCCAGGCUACUCGCAGCUGCGGCUGCCCGCCUCUCCCAAAACCAGCUCUCUUCGCGAGCUAUUCAAGAAGGAAACGCCGAACUGCGUUGACCUCCUGAGUCGCCUUCUCAUCUACAAUCCGGCGAACCGAAUCUCUGCUCGUGACGCUCUCCUGCACCCGUACUUCACCGACCAGCCUGCGAUGAGUUGCGUCCGGCUUCUCUCGACGAACAUGCAACUCACACGACAGAAACAAGAAGCGAGGGCGAAGAGACGAUGGCCAAACGUGGAGGGGUCGGAGAAGGAGAAGUCCCGGCAACCGCGAAACGCCGCCUCGGACAGAGAAAAUCUCAUUCUGGAGGCGAAGCGAAUUCAUAAGGCCUCCAUCUUCGACUGACGUGGACCGAGGCCUUCUUGACGACUUGCCUGUUUCCUCGCUUUUUUCUCGAGACGUGACUUUUUUUUAGGAAAAACUUUUCGAGAACAGUCUGUCAAGUCCCGUCGGACACAUAGUACAUACACUGUGAAUUUCAGCAGUGUCGGGUUCGGACUUCUCGUCUUUUUUGCGAGCUGCUUCUCUCAAGACCCGCGUCUGGUUCUGCGUCUUUGCUGCGGACACCGUGUAUAGGUGGUGUGAAGAUCCACCUACGAGGCGACUGGAUGCACACCCGUAGGUUCACUUUUCUCUGUACUUUGCAUGCCUCUCACGCACUGCCUGGAGAAAAUGCGCGCCGUCACAGUUUUUCUGCCCGUAUCGCAGCUAGUCGGCGUGGAAAAGCGAAGCAGCCUGUCUAGGCAACAGGCACCCGAAACGGAGUAAACGCGCUGGAGUUCGAUAACCUGCCGGCAGUCGCGUUGCCUUGGAAGCCGCAAGAGUUCACACUGUUGGACCAGCGCGGGGGUAGAACAACUCCCCGAUCUGCGUGGCUAGCGACUGAGUGUCUGCGUUCGUUUCUUGCGAUAAAAUUUCAGCGACCAGCGAAAACAGAGUCACGGAGUUGCUACACCUCGGGUUGUGAGGACAUGUGAGGACAGGGAACUCAGUGCUCGUGCCUCACGAACUCGCCUGUCGCUGACUCGUCUCGACGCAGUGUGUCUCGAAGUGAGAGAAGCGAAGUGAGAGAGGCGAACUGAGAGAAGCGAAGUGAUCUGCAGAGUGUAACGAGACGUCAGCCGGAACCUGCGAGUGGAAAACCUGGGCGUUGGACGGCUGCGCGGGAGUUGCAGCUGCCAUGGAAGCUCCGUCGCGUGCUACUCUACGGGGAUUCUGUGGUCAGUGGGUCUGUUGGUGGCGUCCGUUCCGUGCAGCGCAGCUAUUUUUUUCAAGGCAGAAAGCUUAAUUCAAAUGCGCGUGGAAAGUUCCGUUUUUUGGCUCGUUCGCUGCGAAUACACCUUUCACUUCGAAAACACACAACUAACAGAA